CUCGGUCAAACUUGCACCUUCCUCGUCCUAUGCUCUCCCCCUCCUCCUUCAAUGGAAAAAUUUCGGUCAUCGUCACAGGUUCUUUUCUUCUUCAGCCUUUUAACGAAACCCAACACGAAUCCACAACGAAAACCCCAAAUCAACCCCAUUAAAUUCCCCCACUAACAACAUCGGACAACCGAAAAAGGAAAAAAAAAAAAUGUCACAAACAAAUCAAAACCAAAAGCAAGGGGCAAAAGGAGAUGAAGAAGAAGCUCUCACCCCCACUCGCAGAUCCCUCCACCGCUCCAUCUCCUGGUCCGUCCGCUCCAACCCUAGCCCUCAUCCACCAAACCCUAGAAAACCAGCUCGCCGCCCUCUUCCCCCUCUCCUCCCGCUUCACCGCCCGAUCUCCGGCCCGCCACGGCAUCACCCACGUGCUCAACUGUGUUGGGACCCCUCGAUGCCCCGAUUAUUUCCGCGGAGAUCUCGUGUACAAAACCCUCUAUCUCCAUGAUUCCCCUGCCGAGGACAUCACCUCCGUUCUUUAUGAUGCGUUUGACUACCUUGAGGAGGUUCGAUCUCUUGAUGGGGCUCGAGCUUUCGUUCAUUGCUCGAAGGGAGCUUCUCGAUCUGCUGCUCUUGUUAUUGCUUACCUCAUCUGGAGCUCUUCUUUGUCGUUUCAGGAUGCCCUAGCUCACGUUCGAUCUGCUCGGUCGGUGGCUGAUCCUAACCUAGGGUUUGCUUCACAGCUUUUACAGUGCCAGAACCGGUUUCAUGCCCUACCUCCGAGUCCAGGGUCUGUGGUUAGGGUUUAUAGAAUGGCACCUCACUCGCCGUAUGAUCCGCUCCAUCUUGUGCCGAAGGUUGUUGAUCGGCCGUGGCUGCCGAGGUUUGACUCUCGAGGAGCGUUUCUUGUUGUGCAUGUGAGCCAUGGGAUUUUCAUUUGGUUAGGGAGUUUUUGCGAGCGGGUGAUGGCUGUUAGGGCGAAUGAAGCUGCAAGGCAGAUUGUGAGGUAUGAGAGGGUGAAAGUUAGCAUUUUUACUGUGAGCGAAGGAUCGGAGAGCAGUGAAUUUUGGGAUGUGUUGAAUGGGGAAGAUUUUUGUGAUACUAGUGUAACUAUUGAUGUAGGGAAUAGAAAGGUAGAACUUUAUGAUCUUGAUUUCGAGAUUUUUAGGAGAGCCAUUACAGGCGGGGUGGUGCCUCCGGCACCUAUGGCUGGAUCGGAAACUAGGUUGCCUGCGAGGGAGAGCGCAUGGAGCAGAGUGAGGAAGAAAUUUUUGCGAAGAUGUGGUGAUAUAACUGAGAUUGGAAAUAAAGAUGAUGAAGAGGAGGAGGAGCAAAAAGAAAACACUGAAUUUCGGUCACCAAGCUCUUUAUCAAGCAUUACCUCAGGUGAUACUACAUCCACGCUGUCCACAUUCUCUCCGGCAUCGUCUUCAUCUUUUGAUUUACACAAUUUGUCCCCUUCAGGGUCAGAUUUUACUCCGACUCUUGUUUCUAAACUUCCACAUCUUCACUCUCGGAAGGUAAAGAACAAUGAGGAGGCAACUGGUUCUUUGCAGUCUCUUGCAGUGAGGAGAGGGAGUAAUCCUCCUUGUCUUGUUCUAUUGCCUCCUGUUGAGGGUGGCAAGUGCCGGCUGUCCCCUAGGGACAUAGUAAGAGAUUGGUGUUUGUCGUCACCUUUUGUUUCAGAUUUGGAGGAGCACCAUGUACAUUGAGCAACCAACAUCAUCGGGCUGCAAAGAUGAUAGAAGAGAAGAAAUUUCUAUAAUGGAUUAUGAUAAGGACCACAUUUGGCCACCUCGUCCAAUUACUUCCCAAAGAGAUUAGUCCCAAGGUUCUUGAUUUUAGCUCAGUGUGUAUGUUGUUAGCACCACCGGAUUCAGGUCUGGCAAGGGAGAAUCGGAAGCAAACAUUUUUGUAUGUCUAUCUAAGAAGGCGUAGUCAGUUGAAUUAUACACAGUGACACCGGUAAUGAAAUGAGCAGAGUGUGCAGAAAAUAGGCAGGAUGAUUCGGAUAGGAUUUUAAGUAGACGUGACUGAUCCAAUGGUUCUUUCAUCGGGUAUUCCUGUACAGGUGACAUCGUCAAAGGAGAUGUAUUCUACACAUUUUUAUAUUUGAGCAUCUUGAUGCUUGAAUCAUAUGUAUUCUAUACUCCUAUGCUAUGCGUUAAGAUUUUUUAUGUAUCCUGAAUGAAAUGAAAACCUCAUAGAUGUAUGCAAGAGGAAAAGGAAAACAAAAUUUAAUUUGAACGUAUGAAUGAUGGGUUCUGAUUUUACUUGA